AUGAUUCUCCGUUUCUUCAGACACCUUGUUUUUCGCUAUUAUGUAGCAUUUUUGGUCGGCUUUUUUCUAUCGCUUUAUUUACUUUACCACUGUUAUCGAUGGCGCGAAUCAGAGUUGUGGGAACUCAAUUUUGUUUUACAAUCUGAAGCGAAAGUCAACACGCGUUCGCUAAAAGCGGAGUAUCUGUUGCAGGAGAUCAUAAAAUCAAACGGUUUCCUUGCUGCAACGAGAAUAAACAAUGAGAAUAAAAUAUUAUCCUCUGGUCAUCGCGUUUGCGUCGUGGAUCCAGCUCUGUCAGAUUGCCAGACUAUGGGAUUUGCUGCUCUUCUUCUCCGAACGAUUGACGAUAUUCUUCUCUGCGAGGCUUUGGGAAGCGAUCGACCAGUUGUGUAUUGGAAAGUGUGUAAGUCAGUUUGUUCUAGGGAUCCCAGAGUUAAUUCGUGGGAAUGGUACUUUGAACCCAUCGGCAGUGGCUUAUUGGAAUCACAAGCGGAACGAGUUUUAUGCCCUUUGAUGCUCGAGAACGAAGAGAGCGUGCUUCGAACUCUCCCUAAUCUGAAGCUAACUUUAAACAGCAGUUUUAGAAAUCGAUCGUACACCGCUGGCUUUGCCAAUAACAGAAUAAUAACAGAAAAAGAGAGAAGGAGAGUUAACCAAAUGCUUCAACAGUACAUUAAACCCAACAACAGAAUUAUUCGCAAGCUUAAUAACUUUUAUCAACGAUACCUGGCGGGGAAUACCGUUUUAGGGGUACAUGUUCGAGGCACAGAUCAUUGGAUGGAGACGAAUGAGAAAAGGCUGCCACAUUUAAUGAGCUGGAUUAAAAGUGCCCAGUCAAUUCUUAAAACUCUGCCGCAACCAAGCAAAAUAUUUAUUGCUAGUGAUAACGACGAAGUUAUUGAGAAGUUUGUUGCCGUUCUUGGAAAUGAUAAGGUAAGUUCUUUGCAUAUUGAUCUCAGUUUUCAGCUUUGUAUCUUCCAUACGCUUCGCUGUUUAAGGCGUCGUUGACUGUUGAUUGCACAAUUGUUAUUUUCCGAGCUAAAAUGGUCAAACAACAUCAAUUAACGCUUCGAUUCCCUUCAGUGGAGGCACAAUAUUCCAAAUCCACCUUACCCCGCCUCCCAAUAUUAUUUUCCAAGCGGGGUGACUUCAUUAAAUCUAGUUUGUCUUUCUAAUCCAGUUUGAAGUAAACAUUGGUUGUUUGGGUGUUUCUUGGUGUUGUUGCAGAAACUAUUUUUGGUUCCUCAAAAAUUGCUCGAAAAAAGAAAAACUUUUUUUUGGUCUGAAGCUAAAUUAUGCACAUUGUACAACCAUAGUACAACUAACUAUGGUACAACGAAAGUAGGAUUUCUAAGAAUUUUUGUGCAAUUUUGCGCCGUAACCAGCGUUACUAUACUUUGUCCUCAAUUAUUAAAAACCAAUCAAUGUAAUGAGGCAAUUAAAUUGUUGAAUGACCUUCUUCACCCGAGACACUCAAGUCAGUCGAGUGUGAAUGUUCGUCUACCAUUUUGAAUUUUCCCUAAAAAUCGCUGAGCUUGCAGCUCGACUUUUAUCUUGCGCCCAUGAUCUGCCCCAGCGGGGAGGUGAUUUGGCUCCUCUUUUUUACAAGAAAUUCAUAAAUUGUCUACUAAAACAUUGUGAAAUGUGGAAGAAAGGCCAAUUUAAGCACUUAUGAAAGCUGCUCUGAUAUCUCAGAAUAGACCUUGUCAAGGUUUUCGACGCCAUCUUGACGAGUAGGCAAACAUGUGAGAAAUUACAGUGUUUGUAUGAAAAUCUAAUGUCGAAUAAUUUCCGUAAAACGGCUGUUAAUAAGUAAAGGAUUGCACUAAAAAAUUUGGGGGGCGUACCUAUUGAUUUCCAGAGUACCUAAUUUCUCCAGAGACUUGCUUUACGUAGAUUUUCCAUAUAUUUGUCUGUAAUUUUUCCCGCGACUUUCUUAUAAACAAAUGUACAGAAAAUUCAGAUCUAAAAAGUGGUUCUAGGUCUUCUAGGGCAUGUAACGCCCUCAAUUUUUUUCAGUAGAAUUCUUAGGAGUGAAGCUUUAGUUUACGAUUGAUAUUUUUUUCAGAGAAGCCGUUCUACGGAAAUUAUUCGACAUCAGAUUUUCAUACCGUGAACAUUGGAAUUUCGCACGCGUUUGCCUACUCGUUAAGAUGGCGUCGAAAACCGUGACAAGGUCUAGUAGAAGAGAACUAGAGAAAUUGCUCAGAAUGCAAAAAGUUGCUCGAAAGAGGAGAAGUUGCCAAAACAUAAAUAGCAAAACAGCAAAGAGAAAAGCGACUUGAGUUUUCCGAUAUUUCGGACGGAUAGGCCUUUCUGUCCGGGGUAUCGGGAAAACUCCAGUCACUUUUUCUCUUUGCUGUUUUGUUAUUUAUGUGUAUCUUAUUUGUCUUGGAUAAAACAGCAGGAUUUGGCUGCCGUCAUUUUAUAUAAAAAGUGCUAAAAAGUUGCCUUGUGGAAAGCCCGGAUCAAUUUAGCUUUCUGGCAAACCGCCCACCUACCUCUUCCUUAAGCUAACAUUAACACUUACUUCUCGCUUAGGGCAAAAUAAUGGCUUAGGGGAGGGGUAGGUGGGCAGUUUUCCAGAAGCUUAAAUUGAUCCGAAAGCCCUAGUGGAUGUUGUUGCGAGAGUCUUUUUAGUCUUUUUUAUUACGUCAUUUGGUGAUUGCAACCACCCGCAACACAGGCAACAUUUCUACACCUCUGUGUUGUAACCCUCCUUAAGAGCGGAUGUCAGUAAAUAUCGACCAGAGGCCUACAAAAGUGAAAACUCGAAAAUUCUCAAAAAAAUUCACAAAGUAGCACUAGGUAAGCUAUUAACAUAAAUGUACUUUUUACUUCGAUCCGAUAAUUAUUUUCCACGUACGUGGGGGUUAUUGGUUUCGCUGCUCUCGGACCGGGUUUUCCAGGCCUGAGACCAUGUGUCACAAAAAAAUCGCUUUCAAAUUCAAAUCCAUUGUAAUGCGGACAACAAAACACUUAUUCAGAAGAGUACAUAAUUGCACACAUUUUAAGUGUUGAUUUACUCAGUUUGAACAAAAGUGUAAUAUUUUGGAGAUUUUUCAUUAUUUUCAAUAUUUUGAACCUUUUCGUUCAACGAAAAAAUGGCAAAUUUCAAAGCCCCAAAUCGUCGACUGGUACCUCGAUUUCAGUAACGAGUCUUAUAGCACGUUAAAGAGCGUUAUCUCUUCUUUCAAAAUCUGUUUUCAAAACUAUGGGCAACUUAAAAGACAAUUUUUGAGGCCAAAACAUACAAGUAGUACUUUUCUGAAAUUUGAGCUUUCCAGACUCGGCGGGCCGAUGCUAAAAACUCGGAAAAAUACAACAAGAAAUCAGUUUGAGCAACAGUGGUUUCAUGUUAUCAGCUUUCAGAAACCAAGACGUGUUUAUACAGUGAUCUGAUAUAAAUGAAUGCCGUUUGCUAUCAAGAAAGGCAGAUUUAAGCUGUCAACUCCUGCCAAGUGCACCAGUCACGUGAAGUUGUCAAAGGGAGGGCAAAACACUAAUAUUAAAAAGUCUUAAAAUUCAAAACGUUUUACGUCCAUGAAAUCAAAUUUUAGCCUACAAAACAAUGUUGUGAAUGUCUGUUGUUCGUAACUUAGCAUGGUGUUUCCAUAUAUUGGAAAUGUCAAGUAUCCACACUGGAGAACAUACCAAACAACAACGUUUUAAAUCCAAGCGCCGGAAUAUCGUAAACGGCAAAGAUUGCGUUACAUUUCACAGAACGACCGCUUACCACUGUUGUCCCUCCUGUUUUCGCUGGAAGCAACGAGAAGUUCUCAUUCCGUCUUGAGUGAUUCUUGAUCAGCGCUUCCUUGAAAGUACGACCCCGGACAGAUGAUAACUGAGGACGUUUCGUCAAGUCUCCUGUUGUUCAGUUUCAGGCUUUAGCAGGUGCGUAGUCAGGAUUUUUCCGGAGGUACGCCCAACUUUUUGUACAUCGUCUGCGGAGUCCCCCCCCCCCUUCCCUCCCCCCCCAAAUCUUAACAUUUUUUAAGGUGCCUUUAUUAAAGGUGGGGUUAACGGUUGUAAGCGAAAGCAUUUUUUGCUGUUUAUGAAAUGACACAACCUCUAAAAUUGUUUAAUUCUGUCGGCUUGUUAUGUUCAUUGACGUCAACCGUUUAUCAUUAAUUCAGCUAUUAAAAAUCAAGCUUGUAGUACCUCCGACAUUUAGUUUACAAAUGACUCUUUUUACCCCUUUUUGUCACAUUAUUUUUGACCGACAAAAGCACCACACAUUGACGUAAUUGUGCCCUACUUCGUCUAAUCCGAAGACAGGUCGUGGAGAAAACAACGCGUUCACGCUUUACAUCACCAAGCUUGCUUUAUAAAUAAAUCAUCCCAGAUUCGGUUCUCCAAUUAAUGUCGUCGCUUCUCGAUGUUUUUAGUUAUGUUUAUUUCAUUCUAUUUUUUCUCCUCAACGUUUUCGGGUACGCACGUGCGAACCGUGCGUACAAGUAGUUACGCCCCUGUUUAGUCUCCUUAGCCCUGAGCGUUCCUCUCUUCCGGUUUUCGCAGGAGUUCAGGAUGUGGUCCACCCAGUAUUUCACGUCUCUAUUAAAUAACAGGCAGCACUUCUUGUUUACCGUCUCGUUAUCAGACAGCGCUUAGACUCUUAGCUUUUCAUUUAAUUUUGAUCAAAUUUUGAUCAUUUAGUUACUCAGUAUACGUUCGAUCCUGUCCUUGUAAACUUAUUUUUUUAUACUUUAAGGGAGCUUAAUACCUAUAUUAAUUUUUUCUUCGUUUAGUGUUGUCCAACAGAACCAGUUUUUUGGCCUUUUUUAAAAAAGCAAGAAAAAGAAACGACAAGGUUUAUUUUUUUGGACUUAAAUUGAUUCUUUUAAUCUAAGAAAUGAGCAUUAUAACAGCAUUUCCAGGCAUAAAACGUUCGGUGGUGUAUCCUUUUUGCUUUUUACCCUUUUUGGACCUUUUUUUUUAAUGAAAUUGACCAUCACAUUUUCCGCCAUAUUGAGUUUGUGUCGAUUUGGUGACCAUGUCUUGUUUUUUUAAGGCUCCACGGCAAUGAUGCUGGUGUUUCAGGCCUCUCGUUCUCAGAUUUCUUGUGAUUUUUUUUUCACCCCAUCGACCGACCCAACCAAAACCAGGAAACCUAUUCGACGCUAAACGAACGAAAAGGGCAUGACCUAAGCCUUAUGGUUUCUUUUUGGGCUUCCUCACCACAUUGCUUCUGCGUAUUUCUGCAUACUUGUCUUUUGCUUUGUUUUGUUCUUUUUUGUUGGUAAAAUAAACGGAAACUGUACAAAGACCCUCAAUAUUCCCUUUGGAGGCAAGGGCAAUGGAGUGGCCAGGGCUCGUUACUGCGCUCCGGUUCACUCGUGCGCUGUCAAAUGGUCCCGAUAUACAAAAUGAAAAAGGACUGCGGACAGACUAUUCACGUCUAGACAUCAAGCAUCUUUUAAGAUGGGACUUAUAUCGCUUCUCCGUGUUCAUGGAGUUGAUUCAAGGUGUUGACGUCAAUUUCGUGAUCUGCGCCGCGCGCCUCUCGAGGCAAGAUUUCCGUCGAAAUGCGAGCCCAAAAACAGGUGGUAAGCGGUCAAUCUGUGAAAAGUGCGCAAUCUCCGUCGUUUGAGAGCAGCGACGGCAACGAGAACGUCUAAAAAGCAGUUGGUUUUUGAAGCAAAACAACGACUUUGCACCUGCAUCACGCUUUCUAGUCGUUUCUUUGCCUUCACUCCACGACUACGGCGUGAAAAUGCCUAUUUUCACGUUUUAUGGAGGACGUAAACAAGCGACGACGAAUUGUUCUUUCUCUUUUGUAAGUUGAGUGCGGUACCCAAGAAAUCAACUGCAGGGAAAUUCGCCUACAUUAGACAUUUUCAGCGAAUCGGAAUAAACGUGACAAAGCUUGAAAAACGCGAAUUCACUUUAAAAGUGACGUUUUCGUUCUCGUCGCCGUCUUCGAUGCUAAAGCCCCCUUUUUUAUAGGGUAUGUUCAGCCUAGUCCCCAGGCGUUUUCGACUCGGUCAUUCCUGGACUCUACCAUGAGCUGUGACGUCACCGAGAGAUACUCGCCGAGUUCUCUCGCCCGCUCUCUCCCAGACUUCGCGCGGACAACGGACAACGGAUCUUUUCACCUCUAUUAAUAUAGUAUUUUAAGGAGUGAUAUUACAUUGCUGAGUUUGUUUUAAAGAACAUGGCUAAUCAGAAGUGAACAACAUCACCUUUUCCAGGCAUUUUCAGUUAAAAAGAAAAACGCAUGUCAAGAUUUUUUUUCAACCUCGCCCAUAAAAUUCUCUCCUCCGGGGGUCGAGUAACUGAGAGAGCCCUGGGAACGAGGUUUCCUGGACGCCUGUAUUAAAGGACAAAAUGCAUGGGAGAACGGCGAUCGUCAAGAAGAGCUGUUUCUAUUAUAAUCGCUGACAGUUAUCUCAACUUUCUUUCCAAUGAUCCUAGCGAUAUUAGGGAAGCAGCAACGAUAGCAACGGCUACGAAAACGUCACUUAAAAAUUGAAUUCGUGCUGCCUCAAACUUUGUCGCGCUUAUUCCAUCUCGUUUAAUUCGUCAAAUGUUGGCAAUUUGUUUUGCGGUUGAAUUCUAAAGGAAUGUAUCAAAGUUCGGGAAAACAAAAGGAAAGUUGUUUUCUUGUGUUUCCGUCCUCGACAAAACGUGAAAUUAAGGAUUUGGUGCCGGUCCCAAAGGUGUCCGUCUUGGAGAGAGUUGACUGUAAUUAUUUGAGACUUAUUCUUUGCUGGGUGUGUUUUGUUAUCAGGUUGUUUUCACCAAAGCUUUCAGAGCAAGUAAGUACGACAGUCCAAUAGCUCCGCAUGAUUUUCAGUUCACGGACAACCCCGCUGACCCAUACGAACGCGUUUUUGGUACUCAAGUAUUGCUGGAUAUUCUGUUGUUAGCAAAAUGUGACCACUUCUUACACGCCGAGUCCAGCGUGGCGUCGCUUGCAAGCUACUUCAACCCAGCUAUGAAAAGUUAUUUCCUGGAUGAAAAGCAAGUAAAGGUAACGUGUUUCAUCUAUAUGACGACUUAA